AUGAAGCUGGGGAGGCUUGUGAACACGUUCUUUAGUUUCCUGAGGCGUAAAACAGAUUUCUUCACCGGUGGAGAAGACGGAGUAGCAGAGAAGCUGAUCACAGAUACCUUCAACCAUCACAACAAACUAGCUCAGAAGGAGCGGAAAGAGAAAAAGGCUCGUCAAGAGGCAGAGCGGCGUGAAAAGGCAGAGCGAGCUGCGAAACUUGCUAAAGAAAAGCAAGAAGCAAACGAGCCAAGGAUUAAGGAACUUACGGACGAGGAAGCAGAAAGGCUGCAGCUGGAAAUCGACCAGAAAAAAGAGGCACAAGGACAGAUUAACAGUGUCCCAGUGAAACCCUCGGAGGAUGAAGGUGAAUCUUCAGAUUCUAACAAACAGGAAACAGAUGACGAAGAGGAAGAUGAGAAGGAUAAAGGAAAACUUAAACCCAACUCUGGCAAUGGAGCUGACCUUCCAAAUUAUAGAUGGACACAGACUCUUUCAGAACUGGAUCUGGCCAUCCCUUUCAAGGUGAACUUCAGGUUGAAGGGGAAGGACGUGGUGGUGGAUAUCCAGAGACGGCGCCUCAGAGUUGGCCUGAAAGGCCAUUCGCCUGUCAUUGAUGGAGAGCUUUUCAAUGAAGUGAAGGUGGAGGAGAGCUCCUGGCUGAUUGAAGAUGGUAAAACAGUCACCGUGCACCUGGAGAAGAUCAACAAGAUGGAAUGGUGGAACAAACUAGUCUCCACAGACCCGGAAAUCAACACCAAGAAAAUUAAUCCAGAGAACUCAAAGUUGUCAGACCUGGACAGCGAAACUCGCAGUAUGGUGGAGAAAAUGAUGUAUGAUCAACGACAGAAAUCCAUGGGCCUCCCCACAUCUGAUGAACAGAAGAAGCAAGACAUUUUGAAAAAGUUCAUGGAACAGCAUCCGGAAAUGGACUUUUCAAAGGCUAAAUUCAACUGAGCCCUCCCCUUCUCCCCCCUCUUUCAGUCAGCCCGUCGAAUGGGGAAGGAUAGGUAUUGCCGGAUAACCCUUACCUUGGGCAAGUAAACACUUCCAGCAUCCCCACCCGAGCUUGCUGUGGAGGCAGCUUCAUGAAGUCGUCCUCAGUUGUCCUGUGUUGAGCAGAAUGCAAGGCCACAGAAGCGGCCUGCAGCAGCUCCACUCGGAGCCAUCUGCGACACUUCCCAAACGGCAGUUAGGAGAGAAGGAGGGGUUAGAGCAAAAAGGGUGUUAGGGCUACAAGAGCCAGACUUGAGAGGUUUUGGGACAUAUCCUUAAUGUAUCGCUUAGCUUCAUCUCCUGGCUCUUCAGAGCUGCUAGUCCACUCUUUGCCAUUUCGGUUUGGCAGCAGGUACUCCUGAGUUUUUGCUCCCUUCCCCUUAGCUUUCCUGCUCUCCUGUGAAAACAAGGGCCAGUUUAUUUUGUAAAAUAAUUCUCCUUCUGCCUUCUUGGGAAGGGAAAACACCAGUCUAAAAA